AGUCAGCGGAAGUUCUUUGACGCUACUCUUUGAAUCUUCCGCUUUUCAAAUGCGGAAGUGUGGUAAAGGAUUGGCAGUUGAAUCAGUCCAGUAAUAAUGGAUAAUCAGGUGUUCGAGUCCAGUGUGGAGCGGACAUUUCAGUAUCAGAGCAGCCUCCCUCCUCUCCCUGUGCCCGAUCUACGCGAGUCACUGGACAAAUACCUGCAUGCAGUAAAACCUUUUGCAUCUGAGGAAGAGUUUCAAGCCACAGAGGCUAUUGUGAAAUGCUUUGAGGAGGGCAUCGGACAACAGCUACAACAGAAGCUUCUGAGGAGAGCCAAGAGCAGGCGUAACUGGCUUGAAGACUGGUGGCUGGACACAGCGUAUCUAGAAGCACGCAUCCCCUCUCAGCUGAAUGUGAAUUUUGGAGGUCCUACACCCUAUGUGGAGCACUGCUGGCCUGUACGUGAUGGCACACAGCUGGAGAGGACCAGCUUGAAUUUGUGGUUCACCCUCCGGUACUGGGACCUUAUCCGCACGGAGAGGCUUGCCAUUCAUAAAGCAGGAACUAUUCCCUUUGACAUGGAUCAGUUCCGCAUGCUCUACUGCACCUGCAAAGUGCCUGGUGUCAAUAAAGACACCAUACUCAACUUCUUCAAAACAGAGAGCGAAGGACCCUGCCCUUCUCACAUGAUAGUGAUGUGUCGUGGGAGGGUCUUCACAUUUGACGCUCUCUGUGAUGGCCGUAUGCUCACCCCCCCAGAGCUGUUGAGGCAGCUCACUUACAUUAAAGAAUGCUGUGAUGGAAAGCCGGAGGGGGAUGGAGUGAGCGCUCUCACCACUGAGGAAAGGACACGCUGGGCAAAGGCUCGGGAGUAUCUGAUCUCCAUUAAUCCUGUGAAUAAGACCAUACUAGAGACUAUUCAGAGCUCUUUAUUUGUACUCGCCCUGGACGAUGCCAAGCCCUAUUCCACCCCUGAAAACUACACACAGUUGACCCACCUGGCUUUAACUGGUGACCCCACGAUCCGCUGGGGCGAUAAAUCUUACAAUCUGAUCUGCUUCUCUAAUGGGACCUUCGCUUCUAACUGUGAUCAUUCGCCAUAUGACGGCAUGGUUUUGGUAUCUAAUGCAUAUUAUGUAGAUCAAAAUUUGAGGGCCUGUGGUGGAGUGUGGAAGGGUUCAAAGGUUGUGCGUGAGAUGCCCUUGCCGGAGGAGCUGAUAUUCACCGUGGAUGAGCGGGUGAGGAGAGACAUCGCCCUGGCUAAAGAACAGUACAGCAAAAGUUCUCAGGACCUGCAGGUAGUCACCUAUGCCUUCACCUCUUUCGGAAAAGCAGCCAUUAAGAAGAGAAGGCUUCACCCUGACACAUUCGUACAGCUGGCUCUGCAGUUAUCAUACUACAGGCUACACGGAAAGCCUGGUAGUUGUUAUGAGACUGCCACAACACGCCGUUUCUUUCAUGGCCGCACAGAGACCAUGAGGCCCUGCACUGUGGAGGCCCAGCACUGGUGCAGAACCAUGCUGAACCCUGCAGCCACUACUGAAGAGAAAAGAAAAGCUUUAAAUGCAGCCUUCGGAAAACAUAACAAGCUGAUGGCAGAAGCACAGGAUGGAAAAGGCUUUGACAGACACCUCCUGGGUUUGUACCUGAUUGCCAAGGAGGAGGGCCUUCCUGUGCCUGAACUCUACACAGAUCCGCUCUAUACUAAGAGUGGCGGAGGGGGGAAUUUUGUGCUUUCCACUAGUCUGGUGGGCUACACCACUGUAUUGGGAGCAGUUGCACCCAUGGUGCCACAUGGAUAUGGGUUUUUCUACCGCAUUCGUGAUGACCGAAUUGUUGCGUCCUGCACUGCUUGGAAGUCCAGCCCAGAGACAGAUGCUGAAGCUCUGUUUCAGAACCUCUGCACCUCUUUACAUGACAUCAUGCACAUCACUACCCAGUCCCAGCUGUAAAGCAGAGCAUUCUGGGAAGUAUACCUAGUCUAACCUCAGUGCUUUAGUUAUGCGAGAAAGUUGCCAGACAUUAAGAUACAUUUAUUUUUAGAAAUAAUCUAGUGCAGCAGGUGCUUUAAACUCACGUGCCUUCAGUUAGUCAUCUCUGAAUCAUUUCAGUCAGGAAAUCAUAUGCUAUGCUUCCAUAGUGGCACGUGAGCAGUAAACAGCCAUCAAGUGUGGAAGUCUAUCUUGAUCUGUUAUUCACCUCCUUACACACAUACACUGUGGAUAUACUAUUAAUGCACAAAUCAAUGCAACAGUGCAAGUAUAAUUCAGAUAUAUAUAAUUUAUCUUUAUUUACCGAAUUUGAAGAUUUUAUUAUCAUGUGGCUUUUCAAACUUUUUCAAAGGCUUAUUGCACUAAAGCCAAAUGUUUUUGCACCAAUAGAAUAUUAAUGAAUAUUUUUAUAUUGUAAAUAUAAAUGCUUAUGUAAAAAUGUUUUACCGUUUGUUACCAAUUAAAGGUAUAAUAUGCACUACAUUCCUAGUUAUUGGGAAACACUGAAAAACUGUUCCUGAAAGUUGUAAUUUUGAUUGGUUCAGAUAUUACAGUCUGCUUCCUUCAUCACAGGACCUUAAACAUUUUCCACCUGUUAGUUUGAAUAGUGUCAUACUCAUACAUGCAUGUACAUUUGAAUGUGAGUUGCCCACAGAUUUACUAAGAAUACAAGUUGGCUUGUUGCCAUUACCUUCAAAAGAUAUUAUAAACAUUGCCACCAAAUAUUCAUUUAGUGUGAAUAAUCCAUGUAUUUGUGUACAAAUUUCACUUGUCCAGCUUGUUCUACUGAUAAUAUUUUACAGUAACUGAAGUGAAUACAGCUCUCAAAUCGAAAUCUUACAAGUAGUAAUCUAUAAGGUAAUAAAGCUCCUAGAGUUUAGAGAUAUUUGCUCAGUGUAGAGGGUGUGCAAUUUCUCACUGUCUUUAAUGCAAAUUAACCUGUCCCUAAAAGAUGUAAACUCUCCACAUCUAGGCCUUGAUCAAUGCAAAUCCCCAAUGUUAGUUCCUGUCUCCAUUUGGGGGAUGUUUGCCUUGGUCUGAGAACUUAAGGAAAUGUUUCAAGAAGAUCAGCACGAUUUCGAAGCCAGAUGAGCCCGUAUAAGAUAUAAGUCUUCCCUUUCAUGAUUUAUGCUUGAUUUUUCCAAUCAUUUUGUCCACUUAAAAGCAACUCUUUCUUACGAUCAUCAACUGCAAGCUCACGUUCAGAUCUGCCUCCAGUCAACAACUGAUGCCACAUCUAUUUAUUUCAUUGUGUAUUUAAAUGUAAUCUGUAAGUGCAAAAAAAUAAAAAUAAAAUAAACUUCACAUUUUGAAAUCUUG